AUGGAUGAACAACCUCUAAAUGCUCAUGGUCUUAUGUGGAGUGCAAUUUUGGGAUCUCCAGCCAUUGCGAUAUACCUCCAGAAGCGAACCGUGUGGAUCAGCUCGUGGAAACAAGAACCAACAUUUGACUAUACCGGCUGUGUAUGGUUUAUAUAUACUUUCCGUGACGACACAUUUUUUGGAACAGAGGCUUAUGAAGAGAUUGCAGCCGUUUCGAAUGUAUGA